AUGGGAUUUGGGGAUGUUGUAUGCGGCCCUGUUAAUCCUUCGUCAUUUUCAUUGAUUUGCAAGGGGUUGAUAAAUGACGAAAUGCAGCGCGUAAUUACUAAUAAAAUUAUCAUGGAAAACCGAAUGAAUUCAGUUAAUACGGAAGGCAAAAUCCCGAUUACUACUGAAGAUAUCAAUAUGGAGGACCUAAUCGAUAUUGUUGAUGAAUGGUGA